AUGGCGCUGCAGCGGGUGGCGGGGCAGCCGGCCACGCUGUACAGGGAGCGCGAGGAGGAAGGCGACCAGGCGCUGCUGGCGGCCGACCCAGCGGAGCGCUCCGUCAGCAUGCGCACCGGCGCGACCGCCGCCGCGCCCGCGCCCACCGGCGGCGCCCGCAAGACGCCCACGCGCAGCGGCCUGCCGGCCGCGUCCGCCGGCGGCGCGGGCGCGGUCUCGGGCGGCGCGGGGACCCGCUCGAACCUAGACGGGGCGAUGCCGGCGCGGUCGGCCGGCACGUUUGCCGGCACUGGGACGGUCACCAACGUGCCGCGCCCAAGCCGGGUCCGGCUAGGGAUCAAGCUGCCGUCGAGCCGCGAGCGCGACGGCGGCGCAGGCGGCACCGCGGCAGCGGCGUCGGCGGCGCCGUCUCCGGCGCCCGCCGCGGCCGCGGCAGUCUCGGACGCGCCGCCCCCGGCGCUGGCGCCGAGCGGCAGCUUCAAGGCGCGGCUGUCCCUCAAAGGGAAGCCUCUCGGCCUCAAGGGCAAGCCGUUGGGCCCGGCGCCCGCCAGCGCCGGGACCAGCACCGCCACCGGCGCCGGCGCCGGCGUCAGCGGGGGCGCGCCGCCGCCGCCGCCGCCGGGCCUGGCCAGCCAGCCGUCCACCACCAGCACCGGCGGGCUGUCCAGCAUGCCGAGCGUCGGGCAGUCGCAGCAGCAGCAAGCGGGGGCGGCGCGGCCGAAGCUCACGCUCAAGCCGCUGAGCAGAGCGCCGCCCCCGGGGCAGCCGCCGGGGCAGCCGCCGGGAUCUGGAGGGGGCCCGCCCCCGCCGCCCGCUGGAACAGGCGGGGGCGGUGCGGCGGGGGGCGGCGGGGCGGGGGCUGGCAGGAAGCUCAACCUGAAGACUCGCUGA